CCGCGUGGUAUUGAAAGGUGUCUGGCGGACUCCGACGGUCCCGCAUCAGUCUGCUCUGCUCCGUCGCGACGCGUCGAGGAAUUUAGAUAGUCCGGCGGCUUCAGGGUCUCAGACGUCUGGGAAUGGCGAUGGCACGCGCGGUGCGGGCCCUGCCCUGGCUGGCCGUGCUGGCCGUCGCCUUGUGUGGCGGCGCCGCGUUGGAAGGCCCGGACGGCCUGGAAGACCCCUUCGCCGUGCCGGAGGGGCUGCUCAUCGGGGCGGGGGUGUCCGCCAUCCAGACGGAGGGGGCCUGGGACGAGGACGGCAAGGGCGAGAGCGCCGCGGACCACCUGCUGCACAUCGGCAAGCUCUCCGCCUUCGGCUUCGGCAACGACUCGCGCGAGCACGACGUGGCGGCCGACUCGUACCACCGCUACAAGGAGGACGUCCGGGCCGCGGCCCAGCUCGGGCUCAAGCUGUACCGCUUCUCCAUCUCGUGGUCGCGAGUGCUGCCGGACGCCGUCACCAGGAACGAGAAGGGCGUCCAGUACUACCACCGCCUCAUCGACGAGGUCCUCAAGUACAACAUGACCCCCAUGGUGACGCUGUACCACUUUGACCACCCUUGGAUUCUGGAGGAUCAGUUCAAAGGAUGGCAGAGCGAGAAAAUGGUCGACUACUUCAAGGAGUUCGCGCGGCUCGCCUUCAGCGAGUACGCGGGCAAGGCCAAGCUGUGGAUCACCAUCAACGAGGCCAACAACUACUGCACCUACUUCCCCAACCUGUACCAGAAGGUCGGGCUCUACGCUGACGGCGACAUGGACCCCUUCACGUGCAUGCGCCACACCAUCCUGGCCCACGCAGAGGCCUACCACCUCUUCAAGGAGGCCGGUCACGAGGGCCAGGUGGGCUUCUCGGCGCUGGUGUUCACGGCCCGCCCAAACUCCACCCGCCCCGAGGACGUGUACUCCGCCGACGCCUUCAACCAGGUCGCCGCCGGCGUCCUGCUCAACCCCGUCGUGCACGGCGACUACCCGGAGCUCUUCAAGCGGCUGGCCGGCAGCAAUCUGCAGCCCUUCAGCGACGCCCAGAAGCGGCGCAUCAAGGGCACCGCGGACUUCUUGGCCUGCAACGUGUACUUCGGCAUCGUGGCGGCCUUCACCACCGCCGACAUGACCGCCUUCAGCAAGGUCCCCAUCUUGGGGCAGUACCUCGCCGUCCUGCCCUUCGUCAGCCCCAGCGUCGUGGGCACCGACCUCUCGCACAUGAGCAGCAUGUUCAGCGUGGUCACGCCCGACGCGAUGCGUUCCGCAGUGGUGUGGGCAUGGAACGAGUACAGACUCCCGCUGGUCAUUUCCGAAAACGGCUUCGGCGACAUAUACGGACUGGGCAAGAAGGACCGCCUCCGCGGCGUUUACCACAGUCUCUACCUGCGCUCCCUUGUCUCGACGAUGAAAGAGUUCAGCAUCAAGGUGAUCGGAUACUGCACUUGGAGUUUGAUCGACAGUUUCGAGUGGAGCGCCGGGUACAGCCGCCCGUUUGGCCUGGUGCACGUGGACUACGAGGGAGGCAGCCUGGACCGCAGCAUGAAGGACUCGUCGCAGUUCUGGAUCGACUUGGCCAGGACGGGGUCGGUCCCGCUCUGGGAGGAGGACACGGCGUCGUCGGCGUCCUCGACGGCCACCUCGGCCACCCUGCUGCUGUUGCUGGCGAUGCCAGCCUACUUCCUCUCAAGUUCCCUCGCGAAUCAAUACAUUUCUCUGUGAAGCCUGACUGAUGUUCGGACCCGCCAAGGUCUCAAGCUGCAGACCAGCACUAUAUAGAUCUGAAAGCUAACGUCGCUAAACUUAUUAAAAUAUCGGUGAACGACAGCCUGGA